GAGCGGAACGAAGGAUGUAGCCACAUAUGACACACGUUUACAUGCAAUUCCUGUGAGAAAAUUUAUAUCAUUUAACGAAUUUGGGCAAACUGAUUUUCUAAAUAUGGUGAAUGUAUGCCUGGCUGUGUUUAUUCUCGUCUGCUUCCAAGGCUUCUUAGGAAGAUGUUCAGCAGUGUUGCCAGAAUGUGGAAAUGGAGAAUACCAUUACGAGUACACAGAAUGUUGGUCGGAUGGUGGUAGAUGGCAUGUUGCUGUUCCCCAUGAUGCAAACCACUGUCAUGUUAAAACCAGGCCACCAAUCAGACAAAAAUCCUGUGAUUCGAGCUGCCCUGAAGGACAGCAUUCCGAUGUAUCAUUGCUCUCUGAGAAUUGUAAACCAUGCCCAAAAGGCACACACAGUCUAGGGGGAGCCGUGCACUACAAUAACUGGACAAUUCUCCCCCCUGAGUUUGAUUCUUACUCCGUGAGAGAUUACAAUGAAAGAAUGCAGAGUGACACCGAAGAUUCCGGUUGCAACUCCACAUGGAAAGCUGAUGGGUACUUCUUACGAACCGUAGGGACAGCUUGUCUUACUCGACUUACGUACUCUGUCAAUAUUGUUAGAGAGGAAGGUUCCAUAACGUUUUGGUAUUAUUACACAAAUGAGUUUGGCGAGAUAGAUUUUGAAGUUUUUGUACAAAAUGAGCAAUGUCAGAUCUCCAAACAGCACAAUGAAGACGAAGGUUACGAGGAGUCCGAGUAUAACGAUGAAGAUGAUUUUGGUAAUGAUGAUGAAAGCCCAGAACCCUCAGCCAAUUAUGUCUGGAAGAAUCAUACACUGAAAUUAAAACGUGGUAAGAGUUUGGUCGUUUGGGAGGUGGCGCACUGGAACGAUGUCAAAGGAACAACCUUUUCAAAUACGGUUUUCAUUCGAGAUAUUAAAGUUAAAGGUACUGACUCCAACUCAGAAUGCGUCCCUUGCCCAGCUGGAACUUAUGCAUCCAAGGAGGGAUCUUCCUGGUGCGAGUCAUGUCCAGAAAAUUUAGUUUCCGAUGCAGGUGCAGAAAAAUGCACUUCUUGCAACGAGAAAACGGAGUAUGCUCCUCGAGGUAGUUCAUCAUGUCUUCAGCGACCUGCUUGUAAGAAAUCAGACUAUAUAGAAACAUCUUCUGUCUGUGACAAAGACAACAAGUUUCAAACAGUGUAUAAGUGGAUUGAGCCAAAGAAUUGCAAUGAUGCCAGCAAAGAUGCAGUGAAAUUACCUGCUCCGGGCAAGAAGGAGAAAUGUCCUCCCUGUAAUCCUGGGAUGUUUCUCAAUGGUACUGAAUGUCUUUUCUGUCCUAUGGGAACCAUAAGUGAUGGUAACAAACCCUGUGAAAAAUGCCCGGCAUCAACAGCUCCUCUUCUCAAUCAUGAUUACCGCUCGUGGAGAAGUUGGCCUUCCGCCACAGAACACUGGUGUUCAAGCUAUGCUAACGGUUGCUCUACUCCUGAUGGAUGGCAACUACGUGGUCACUUCUUGGAUAGCGCACUCGGUCAUUCUGAUGACGUCACAAUGUUUUUUGAAAUAAAAACCAAAGGUUUUGCCGGCGAACGUGGACUGGUUUCUAGAACAGCCAGUGCUGUUGGAACAGUAAGGAUUGAUUUUGAGUUGGAUUGUGAUGGACCAUGUGACUUUGUUAUGUUCGAGAGAACUGAAACUCAUGGCACAACGCAGCUCGAGAAAUGGCAUGGAAGAGAACCCAGACAGAACUACUCAUACGCGGUUACUGACAAGGGACCAAUAACAUAUCGCUGGCAGUUUAAGAAGUCAGAAAGUUCAGGUUACCAAGAUGUGAAGACAUACCAAUACAUCAAUGAUAGAGUAAAGAUUUAUGCUGUCGAUCUUUCCAACACUUUGGACGGUGGUGGUUCAAAAUGUCGUCAGUGUCCUGUAGGAAUACAUGAGUCAGGUUGUGUGGAGUGCCCUAAAGGUCAUUUUGUCAACAAUGUAACGAGAAAGUGCGAAGCUUGCUCGCCAGGUACUUACCUCAGUAAAAAUACAUGUUUAAAAUGUGGACCUGGUUUAACAAGCUCCGAAGCUUCAACAAGAUGCUAUUCCAACUGCAAGUAUCGCACUAAAAAGGGACGCAAUAUUGACCUUGUUCAUUUGCAGGGCCUCCACGCGGUCCAAACACAAAAAUCGUUCUUCAGCGAAGGAACGGCCUUUUUUUACGAAUACCAUAUCAAUCUAUGCGGUGUUAAUGCUCCACCUGCCAGUUGCCAUAGCAACUCAACGAAGAUACGUGGUGAACAGGGAGCCAAGACUUUGAAUGCAAGUAUUUGCCAGACGCGCAUUAUACCUGGGAAAAAUAACGGUCCAGCAAUGGCGACAACUUUGGCAGGCAUUGGACACCAGUUAAUGGGGAUCUACGAAGAAAAGCCGGAGGGUCUACAACUAGAUGUGUUCAGUGAUGAUCUUUCAAAUAAAUCGUUAUUGUACUUCGACUACUUAUCCCAUUCAACGACACCAUCUUGUCCUAAAGGUAGAUCUGCGUGGAUGAUGUUACAUUGUCAUCCUGAUGCUGAGGGAAAGGGAACAAUAACAUUCCCAACUGAAUGUCACGAAGGAACUUGUGAUGGCUGCCAGUUCUUAUUCUUGUGGCACACAAAGUACGCAUGUCCGUUAUGUACUGAGAAAGACAUCAAAGAGAUUGAGUCCGGAUGUGUGGAUGGCAAAAAGAACGUCCAUUAUAGUUGGAACCCAAUGCCAAAAGAAUGCGUGAACGGAAUACCACUUCCAAAGACAAAAACUGUUACUUGUAGUGAAAUGUCUGUCAACGAGGCAGUUCAACAAUUUCGGAUUUUGAUCGGGAUUGUAGCAUUUGUGUUAACGGCUAUUGUAGUCAGUCUCUUCUUCCUGUGGUAUAAAAAUCGAGUGUUGAAAUACAAGUUGUAUCAACGUGUUGCCGUGAACGAAUCAAGCCAAGCCGAAGGAGAACUUCCCGCAGCAGAGAGCUGCAUGGCGGAUGAUGAUGAAGAGUUUGGAGAAAAGGUGGAAUUCAAGAGAGGAGAGAAUCCGGGUAAAAAGCUUUUGAAGAAACUGAAAGACAUGCGAAACGAAAAGGAAGAAGGAAUGAGCCUAGCUGAUUCGUUUGAAGUUGAUUUGAAUUAAAAACUGAUGUAAAUUUAAGGUUAAUAUCCACGUAGUUCUAUUGUGUCAUUUGAAGAAAAGGGGUGAAUAUAUUUUAUAUUUGCCAUUGCUGUGACACAAAUGGAAACGUAAACAACUAUAGGACAGAAUUUCACAAAUUUCUAUGUCUAAUUAGAUUCAUAUUUAUGUAACUUAUUACUGUGGCGUGGUUUAUCAAAAGACAGCGCGAAAAUAACGUGACACUCGACAUAUUUGUGAAACUGACUAAAGACUGAGUUCAUUAUCUUUGAGUUAUACACAAUGCCAAUGGCCGAACCUUCAGACCAUAUGUCAGGGUAACGAAAAAGGUUAGCCACUCAGUCAUUUGAGAAUAAUACAGUUACUAUUGGGCACUACUAUAGGUUUGAGAACUGAUCUUUAAAAUUCAGUAAUAAAAUUUCUGAGAGUUGUUUAAAAACGGGGAACUUAAAAAGCAGAAUGGAAAGCAGAAUUGUCGAAAAAGAUUGUCCAACUGUAACUUUAUUCGCGGAUGUAUAUCUUUUUUAAGCCUCGCAAGCAAAGUGAUAUGCUGUUUUACAUUGAAAAA